AUGGCUGUGUUCAGGCGGACAGUCACCAACGUGGGUCCACCUUCGUCGGUGUACAAGGCCACGGUGAGGGCACCGGAAGGAGUAGAAAUAACGGUGGAGCCAAUGAGUUUGUCGUUUGCAAAGGCAUCACAGAAGAGGAGCUUCAAAGUGGUGGUCAAGGCAAAGCAAAUGAGUCCAGGGAAGAUUGUGUCGGGCUUGCUCGUGUGGAGGAGCCCACGUCACUCGGUUCGGAGCCCCAUCGUUAUCUAUAGUCCUUCUUUCUCGGACAAUAAUCUAUAA